AUGUUCACGGUGCAGGCGAUCCAUCCCCCGCCCGGGGGAGGAGCUGGUGGUGGAGGCACCCAUCAAAUCACCCAACAACAUCAAACCAUUCAAAUACAACAACAAACAACUCAAUUACAAACAAUACAAGUUGUACAACAACAUUUAAUGGCAACUCCACCACAGCCUCAACAACCUCAGCCUCAGCCCCAACCGUCACAACCUCAACAACAAACAGGGAUUGUACAAAAAGUAAAAAAACAAAAAAGUGCAGGGGCUGAUAAAGGUGCUGGGGCUGUAAAAAAACAACGUAAAGAAAAAGUAAUCAAGAAAGUACCGAAAGUUAAAAAAGAAAAAAUUACAAAACGGAAAACUACUCGAGAAAUUAUCGACAAACAAGGACGAGGAAUUGUUUUUAAUGUUUAUAUGUUUUUGAAGGCAAUGCACAUGCGUCAACAAUGUCAGCAACCGGUAAAAUUUGCGAAAACACAAGAACUUACUGCCCAAGCUUGUGGAAUUGGUAAAAGAACUGUACAACGGAUUAUAAAAGAAGGUCGGAUAUCUUUGGAAACAAAUGAACAACCGGUAUUUGAAUCGCCCGUAAAAACUCGUACAACUCCAAGCAAUACAACAAUUGCAACCAAUAACAAUGGAAUAACAACAAUGAAACGUGAUAAAAUAAAUCGCUUAGAUGAUAUGGACUGCUUUAUUUUAAGACGAACAGUCCAUGAAUUUUACGAUCAAAAACAAUUUCCAACAGUUAAACAACUUUUACCAGUUAUCACGAAUAAAAUCAAUUUUCAAGGAUCAUGUAAUGCCUUACGUAAAAUAUUAAAGGAUUUAGGGUUCAGUUAUCGUAAAGCACCUGAUGGACGGAAAUUCUUAAUGGAACGUGCAGAUAUUGUAGCUGCUCGAGUGAAAUUUCUUCGUACAAUGCACGAGUUACGUAAAACUGAUCAACGUACUAUAUAUUACGUGGGAGAAAGUUCUGUAGAUCCUAAUUAUACGCUUAGCUUAACAAAUUUAACUCAAAACAACAAUAAAGAACAAAAAAAGUUAAAACAGGAACCACAGGGUUCAAAUUCGAUUGUAAUAUGUCAUGUAGGAUCUUCCAAAACGGGAUUUUUAUCACAGUGUAAAUUAGUAUUUCAACCAAAAACUAAAAAUCCGGAGACGGGACAAAUUAAUGAAAUGAAUACACAUGUUUUUAAAUCAUGGUUUGUUAAAGUCUUGCAUAACUUACAGGAACCAUCGAUUAUUGUUAUGGAUAAUUCACAACAUCAUUCUCGUUUGCUAGAUUUAGUUCCAGGUGCUGGAUCACGGAAAGCUGACAUUGUUGAAUGGUUAUGGCGUUAUGGUGUAUCACACGAUACCAAACAAACUCGAGCUGAAUUACUAUCGCUUGUAAAACUUCAUCAACCCAAAUCUAAAUCAUACGAACUAGACACUAUUGCACAAGAAAAAGGCCAUACUGUUGUACGUCUACCACCAUAUCAUAAUCAAUAUAAUCCAAUUGAAAUGGUAUGGGCUCAAGUGAAAAGUGAAGUCGCUGAACGUAAUAUUACAUGCCAAGUUGCUGAUGUUGAACAAUUAGUAAAUCAUGUACUCGAUCAAACUAGUCGUGAAGUAUGGGAGCAAAGUGUACAACAUGCUGAACAAUUGCAGGAGAAUGAUUUUAAGAAAGAAUUAUAUCGUGAUCAACAUUUAGAAUCAUUUGUUAUAAAUCUACAAAGUGAUAGUGAAUCAGAUGACGAGCAUCAUGAUGAUUAUUAUUCAGACGAUGAUCAUGAUCAACAUGAUGGAGAUUCACUUACAGUACAUCAUGAUCAACAUACAUUGAUUACGGGCGAUACAUCAACAUUACAUCAUGAUAACAAUGAUAAGAAUUUAUUUUCAUAAAUAAGGAUAUGCAUCAUUUUCUUCGAUAUGGGAUUAUUGGAAUGUCAGGGAAAUACCUUUUUAUUAUCGGAAAAUGAUGCAUAUCAUAUCGUAAUGUAAAUAUAUACACUAUUAACUUUUUCAAUAUCGGCCGUAUAUUUUUUCAAAAUUGUGAUAGAAGUGGCAUAAAGCUUAGCAAUACAUAGGCCGGGGAGGCGAACUUUAUUCUUUAGUAACUUUUUCUUCGCCUGGUUUCUCAUGUGCAUCUAAAUCGUGAAUACUUCUUGGAAAAAAUUUGUAGUUUCUUGUAAUAAUAUCCUUCUUCUAAACAUGCGGUUUAGAGUCAAAGGCUCGAAUGAGAUCAAAAAAACUUCUAUUUUGAAAGUCACAUAACAUUGUGCAUAAACAGACUGAUUUCUUCCAAGCAAUCAACCAUGAAAUUGACUAGUAUGCAAUGCGUAAACAAACUAUUACUUCAUUAUAAACUUUGCUAUCGGUGGCAGGCCCAAAAUAUUGUGUCGCGUGCCAUUGGUUCGCCAUCCCUGACAUAGGCUAUUUACUGGAAAGUAUGAAGUCAUUUUAGUCAAUCUAUCCGUACAACCAGACCUUAUUAUCUUUUGAUAAAAUACACGUAAAUCAAAUGGCCAAUCUACAGGCUAAGGAGUUCGCGUAAAUCAAAAGUACGAGGUUCAAUUUCUUACAGGUUUUUUCACUUUCUUUAUUAUUAUUUUUCGAUAAGUAUAUCAAAGAUAAUAAACACUGUUAUUUAUCAAUUAAGAAAAAAUAUUAGUCGUGUCAACGAAGGAAGUUUGGCUCACAGUGGUAGAAAAAAUAUUUAAAAAAUUAAAAUGUGAUAAUUAUAAUAUAUGAAUAAUUAUUUAAAUUUAGUAUUUUAUAAAUUCAUUGUUAUAUAUUUGGUACGGAAAUCAUUAUAAACAUAUUGUUUACCUUUAUGUUAAGAAACUAAAAUUUAAAAAUCAGAUUUUAUCUAAAGAUUCCAUUAUCGUUCUCUUAAUCCACCAUACAAUAUAAUAUGUUAAAGACAUGUUCUAGGAUCACCGCACACUUGUAUAAAUAUAAACCACUGUGUUGUUAGAAGACAAUAUCGAGCGGAUGUAUGUUGGCGUAAAGUUCUUGAUUUUACGCUUUUGUUAAUUCUUGAUAAUAAAUUAUCGGUAUUAUUUGGUAGUCUCACCAAUCACAGUCACUAAGGGAUUCUUUUUUAGAACUGAGGAGUAUUGUACUAUCGAUAUAUAAGUAUGUAGUAGGCGAUCAUUUUCUUAGCCACACUAAAAGUUCACUUCUUAAUAUUAAAGCCACCACUAUUAGAAACUCCAAAAACAAUUUCCUUUUUUUGGAGUUUUUUGCAAUUUUUAAUAAUAUAAAUGAUUUAUAAUUGCAGAAGCGUGAAUUAUUAUAACUUAAUCAA